CGAACUCAAAACUCAAACUCGAAUUUGCAGAGACAGAAAGAGAGAGCAACUCGGAUGAAAUCGUCACAGCGACCGAGCAAAGCAGGAAUGGUGAUCGCCACGGCGAAGGUUAAAGGAGGCCUGAAUCCAUUCACGGAGGGAUCCUCCAAGAAGAAGAAUGUCUGCGCUGGAAAAUUCAAGGUUUACACGGAUGCCGAGAAACUCAGAACUGAUACUGCUGCGGACAGUUUAAAACCUGCGACGGGGAUCAGCAUGCCUCCACGAAAAACAUCAAUGACAGCUAACAAAGGUGUCAGUGGGACCACUGUAAGUGAUGCAAGGAGGACUGCUUUCUCUUGCGUAGUGGAACUUUUACACGAGUCUCCUUCAUUUUACUUGCAGGAUGGCUUUGACAACCAAAAGAAGAGCACGAGUAAAAAUGAUGCUUCUGGUAAAGCAAAUAUAAGAAGAAAAGCUUUGGCUGAUGUUAGCAAUGUUCGAAAAAGUGAUGUUUCCAAUAAAGUUGUAUGCGAUGGGUCCAAACCAAUGAAGUACAAAAAUGAGGGCUUCACAUCUUUGCAACGGGUUUCGGUGGAUCCAAGCAUUAGGAAAGCAGGAGUUGCGAUGAAGAAAUCUUUUGUGGUGGGAAAAGUGAGGGAACAAAUGAAUCAAAGGAAUGAAGGGCCUCCCACAGUGAAGAGAGAAGUUAAUAAUGCUAUUGAUUCACAAAGGGUCGUAAAAGAGGGGCCAUGUCAUGAUCAUAAUAUCACCGAACAAAGGACUCGAGUAAGUGCUACUUUGGCAAGGAAGUCUUUGCCAGUGUUGAGGAGGAGCAGCCAGGAAAAUUCUGAAAGUGCUGCUAAGAGAAUAGGCAGAAGUGCUAUGCCCACCAAGAUAAAAGGUGGUCAUAAAGUACUUCCACGUGUGAGCAAUCUUACAAGCCAUAUUGCAAGUACUAGAGCAAGUAGUCGCACAAUGAUGGGUCCAAGGUUUCAAUCUACUGUUGGUGCAUCUUCUAGUAAACAAUCUAAGGGAUUUGUUAACAACAUACUUGGGGCUUCAAAUGCUCAAAGGGCCUCAAAAUCCAAAGAUGUAGAAGUUGUGGACAAAUCUGGCUAUGGAGUAUCACUUGAAAAACAAACAGAAGUGUCAGUUCCUCUUACAGAGGAUACAUUUCAAUUGGAUAAGGAAGCGAUUCCAUCAAGUAAUAUCGUCCACUCUGGAGAAAGUACAUCAGGUUUCAUUGCCAAGAAAAAACCACAGCGCAGGAGAUCCUAUACAUCUCUUUUGAUGGCUAGAUCGAAGUUCCUAGGUGAAAAUGGUGAAGUCUUAAAGCUGGAGAAAUUACCAAGCAUAGAUGAUUACAGCAAUCAACUUGAAGUUGCUGAAUAUGUGGACGAUAUAUACGAGUAUUAUUGGAAUACUGAGGCACAUAGUGCAUGUUUGGCAAAUUACAUGUCAAUUCAAACAGACAUUACGCCCAAUAUGAGAGGCAUAUUGGUAAAUUGGCUCAUUGAGGUACACUUCAAAUUCGAUUUAAUGCAUGAGACACUUUAUCUCAUGGUGACAUUGCUGGACCGAUAUCUAUCUCAAGUAUCAAUCCAGAAGAAAGAGAUGCAGUUAGUUGGUCUCACUGCACUUCUGCUAUCAUCUAAAUAUGAAGACUUUUGGCAUCCUAGGAUAAAAGACCUCAUCAGCAUCUCAGCAGAGUCCUACACAAGAGAGCAAAUGCUAGGGAUGGAAAAAUCAAUCUUAAAGCAGCUGAAAUUUCGUCUGAAUUUGCCUACUCCUUAUGUUUUCAUGCUGAGGUUUCUCAAAGCUGCUCAUUCAGACAAAAAGCUUGAACACCUAGCAUUUUACCUUAUCGAGCUUUGCUUGGUGGAAUAUGAGGCAUUGGAGUUCAAGUCUUCACUGCUAUGUGCAUCAGCUUUAUACGUUGCAAGGUGUACGCUACAGAUGUCUCCAGCUUGGACGCCACUGCUUAUCAGACAUUCACGCUAUGAAGUGUCCCAAAUCAGAGUAUGUGCAGAGACGAUACUGAGAUUCCAUAAAGCUGCAAGACUGGGGCAGUUGAAGGUCACAUAUGAGAAGUAUAUGGGGUCAGAACUCAGUUGUGUUGCAGCGUUGAAACCAUUGGAUGAGCUUCCUUUUUGAUUUGGCUUAUGUUGAUUCUCUGUGUUCCAUGACAUGAUUUCCAAAAUUCUAUCCUGCUAAGAAAGCUGACUUGCUCGGCAAAUCUGCAAUGCUGGACAUCUUGUAGUUGUUGUGACUUGCCUUAAUAUCGCGAGUGAGGUAUAGUAUAUAUUGGCUUUUGACCUGCGGUUGCUGCUACCACUGCCGCCUCCGCUGCUAACGCGGUUCAAUUGUGUCCUUUGGGUUUUUUUACGACUGUUUGUGGAUUUGAGUAUACAUAUACACUGUAACACGCUCUCGCCUCAACUUUUUUGGUAAUGGCGGAAGCAAUUUCAUUUUUAGAUUUCAAACGAUAUGUAGAUUCUCGGGUUAACUUCUCACUGGAGAUUGAUAUCACCUUUCAUCCUUU